UAUUACAAGUACUAAACACAACUGUCAUAUUGAUCGAUAUUUGAAGUAGGAUUUACGCAAUUAUUAUUAUUUUCGUAAGGAUUAAGACGCCAUUUAGACAAUUUUGAGAUAAGAAAAUGAAUUAUGAGGAAACUGUCAAUUUCAUUAAGCUGUUUUUGUUAUUAAUGAACGGCGGAACUUUUUUACUUAGGACGUUGAUUUAUAAACUAAUUUCAGAAUCUGGAAAAUCAUUAGAUGAUCUUUUACUGCAAAGUCGUUAUUUAUUCGACAUGGAAUUAAAGAAGAAUAGGAAGCAAUUCGAUCUAUUGUUUCCAGGAAGCUCUCAGAAGGCAGAUAUUGAACAGUGGGAUAUUUCAUUACUUACAUUUGUUUUACUCAAUGUGUUUAAAGGAUUCUUUGAUUGUUCAGAAAUAAUAUCAAUAAAAGUUAUUAGAGAUCACAGAAAUAAAAUUUUAGCACAUAAUGCAAAUUCAGAAAUGACACUCAAGGACUUUAUGUCAGCUUGGAACCAGGUUUCGUGUGCUCUAACACAUUUGUCUGUAACAGUGACACCGAAAGAUCAAAAGGAGUUGAAAUGUAUUGAGUCAAGUAUAUUUCAAGAUCCCUUUCAGAAGAAAAUAGUUGGGCAACUAAAGGAGAUGGGACAAACAGACACGUUAGUACAGGCUGUUAUAGAAAAGUUCAUGCCACUGGUUAAAAAGACAAUAUUGGAAUCUGAGAAGAAAACCCAAGAACAGAUUGAUAAAUGUAUUGAACAAUUGACGAUUGUGCAGGAAGAACAAAAGAAACAAAGCGAUCGGAUAGAUAUUCUGGCUAGAAUGGAGGUGAAUACAAACAGUAUAAGAAGCAGACAACAAGUCCAAGAACACAUAAUUAAAGCGUCAAAUAGUAUCAUCCAAGAAGGUUCCGAUGUUGACAGCUCUAAUGAUGAAGUUUUAUCAACUGUUGGAAACCUGUUUAAAGGAAUGGAAAACCAGGGUGUGAAAGUUGUUAAGGCGGAUAUAGGAUCCAUUCUGUUUACAUUAUUGUGUCCUACAAUAAGGUCUUUGCGAGACGUAACACUUUACUUGGAAAGCCCAGAAAUACUAGAAAGGUUAUCAGAUAUUGAGAAUGCUGUGGAAAAAUGUCACUGUUGCGUAGCAAAAAUAACAAUAGAUGUAGAUCUAAAGAGUCUCCAGUUUGCCACAAAGAAAGCAGGUAAAAGACCUCUUAGUAAUACCAUGGGAUUUAUAUAAAGUAAUAAGUUAACAUCUGAUAGCAUGAAUAGUUUCAAAGAUAAAGCUGUUGCGUUAUAGUCUUUCUGACAGGGUUACUAUCAGGAUUUUUUAUUAUCAAAUCAGGUGUAAGCACGCGCUAACUUAAUAUCAUAAUAUUGUUACAGUAAUACUUCAAGUAAGAAUUUUUUAUAAAGAUUUUGAUUAACACAUA